AUGGCUCAAUGUCCAAGUGGAAACCAAGUGAGUCAUGUCCCUCAAGAGUCUGUACUGGGACCAGUGCUGUUUAAUAUUUUCAUCAACAACAUAGACAGUGAGAUUGAAGUUCCCCUCAGCAAGUUUGCAGCUGACAGUAAGCCGAGUGGUGUGUUUGACAUGCCUGAGGGACAGGAUGCCAUCCAGCGGGACCCUGAUGGGCUUGAGGAGUGGGUCCCUGUGAACCUUAUGAAGUCCAACAAGGCCAAGUGCAAGGUCAUUGUCCCUCAAGUGAACAAUGAUCACCUGCAGAGAAUGAUAGCAAGCCAUUGUGUGAAUUUGAAAUGUGUCAGGGAUGUGACUCCACAGCAUGCCACCAAAACCAAUUUUUUCCUGUCUCACAUGCAGAAAGCUGAGCAAGGUAUUGUGGUAAAUGGCCUGAUUAACAUCAGUAUUUCAACAAUUGAGAAGCGUUACGAGUUGAACAGUUCCCUCACUGGCUUAAUCUCUGCAAGCUAUGACAUUGCUUUUUGUAUAUUGUCACUGUUUGUGUCUUUCUUUGGAGAAAGAGGGCACAAACCACGAUGGCUUGCUUUCUCAGCGUUUAUGCUAGGAUUGGGCUCACUUACAUUUUCCUUACCGCACUUCAGCAGCGGAAAAUACCACUAUGGAGCUAAACUUGAAGACACAUGUCAAAUUCCAGGAACAAGCUCUGCUAACUUCACUUGCAAUGCCAGUACAAAGUCUUCACUUCCCAGCUAUCUGUAUGUCUUUAUCCUGGCACAGCUGCUUCUGGGAGUUGGAGGAACUCCACUAUAUACUUUGGGGACAGCUUUUAUUGAUGAUAGUGUCCCAAAGCACAAGUCUUCCCUUUACAUAGGAAUUGGCUACGCCAUGUCACUGCUGGGUCCUGCUAUUGGCUAUGUCUUAGGAGGGCAGCUACUUAAUAUUUACAUUGAUAUCCAGAUCCCAGAAAGUACAAAGUUGGAUCAAGAUGACCCACGUUGGCUUGGAGCAUGGUGGAUAGCAUUUCUUGCAUGCUUUUUUGCAAUUUGGCUUCUUAUAAUACCUUUUUCAUGCUUUCCGAAACACCUACCAGGAACAGCAAAAAUACAGGCUGAAAAAAUCUCUGAAACUCACAAUGAUGGAAGUGAAGUGCUUGUUGAGACCAAGAAUAUUGGAAAAAAUUUUAAAGACUUUCCUGUGGCUCUCCUGAUACUGUUGAAGAAUCCAGUGCUUAUGAGUCUAAUAAUAGCCAGUUCUUCAGAAGCUUUAGUUGCCACUGGCUUUGCCACAUUUCUACCAAAGCUUAUAGAAAAUCAGUUUGGAAAGACAUCGAGUUUUUCAGCAACUCUUGGAGGGCUUGUAUUAAUUCCAGCAGCAGCACUAGGCCAAAUCAUAAGUGGCAUCUUGGUUUCCAAGUGCAAAAUGGAUUGCAAAAGCAUAAUCAAGUUCAUUAUAGGCACUUGUUCAGUGGCCCUACUAUUAAACACAGUGUUUUUAUUUGCUAAAUGUGGGAAUGAACCUUUCGCAGGUGUCUCUGAAACAUAUAAUGGAACAGGCACACUAUAUAACUUAACAGCACCAUGCAAUGCUAACUGCAGAUGUUUGCGCUCUAUGUACUACCCAGUUUGUGGCAGAGAUGAAGUCCAGUACUUUUCUCCCUGUUACGCAGGAUGUGCGUCACAUCUUUUUAGCAACAUGAAAAAGAUGUACCACAACUGUUCAUGUAUUGGGAAACCAAAAGGAGAAUAUAGUUCAGAAGACUUUCUCUAUGAAGCUGUCCCUGGGAAAUGUCCAACACAAUGCAGAUUCUUACCUUUGUUCCUAACCUUCUUCUUUUUUGCUGUUGUUUUUACAUUUAUGGCUGUUACUCCAACAACUGUGGCCAUUCUCAGGUGUGUGCCAGAUAAACAGCGCUCAUUUGCUCUUGGAGUACAGUCAGUGUUUCUACGACUACUGGGUACUAUUCCUGGACCAAUUUUGUUUGGAGUUGCUAUAGACAACAGUUGUACUCUGUGGGAUGUUGAUGAAUGUAAAACUAAAGGAGCCUGUUGGGUUUAUGACAAUGAAAGGAUGGCUUAUCUGCUGAUGGGCAUAAGUGCUGCUUGCAAAAUCAUCACGAUCAUCUUUGUAGUCAUGGCAGUAUGUUUGUAUAAGCCUCCACCAGCAAGUGCAGCCCUGUCACAAAAGGAUUCAGAAAUGGUAUCGGCUAUACACACGUAAAUCAUGAGCAAAUGGGGGCUUUUGAAAGAAGCCAAUAAGAAUAAGCACUGCUACAACACUUGUACCAAAGUUCUUGUAUGCCAUUACCUAAAUAUAAAGGAUCAUACUCAGUUCUUGAACAACUUAAAAUAUUUGUGAAUGUGUAGUGUUCUCAAACUUGCUAAACAUACUUUUUAGUGUUCCAUUGCAUAUAUCCAAAAAAGUGACACUUAAAUUCACAGUCUAAAUUAUAAUUUAAGUGAAACAAGGUGGAAUACUCCAACCAAAAAAAAACCAGGAAAAAUGAGCCGAACUGGGCUGACUGUAAGCCACAUUUCCCCCUGCUUACAAAGUAAUACCUAAGUGAGACUGUACUGGGAGAAAACAAGUAACUUGGUAUGUUAAAGG